AUGUCUGCCGUCAACACAGAAAGUGGUAUCCAUAACUUUGCUAGGUCGAGGAAGCUCUCUCAACAACACCUAGAGGCUUCACAAAACUUCUCCGAACAACGAUAUCCUUCUCCAAUUACUCCUGUUUUCAAUACUCCUAAUCUUCCUUUGCAUCAGUCGACAUCAAUACUCGUUUCCUGCCACACACAGGCAUACCACAGACACACACAACAAAGAAUUGAAAUAUUAGAGAAGGAAAACUUAGAAUUACGAACGGAAUGCACCACCCUAAAGAAUGCAUUUCAGAUGCUUGCUGAUUGUGUGGGACUACGAAAUGCCGACGCCAACAAUUUUACUCCGCCUCCUCAUGCUGAUGGAAAAACUCCACAUAUCGACCAGUCCCUGCCUUUGCGACCUCCUCCGUUGAGCUCCGACGAUUACGACACCAAGUUUUGGGACAUCGAAGACUGGAAAAUAUGGUGCAACAGCACUGAAGGACGUGGCUCGAUCAAGUCGCGUGGCUCAGUCCCUUUCUUAGAAGAUGAAGAUGGAAAUCCUCUCGCGUCGACAGCUAUUGAUUCUAUCCGUCGCACAAUGCGUCGACUCUUCGAGAUGUUGGCAUCCAAGAAUAUUGCACCACCAUCCUGGGGACGCUUAUCUGAACAAGCUUACCUUCUUUUUCAUAUUGCUAUCGGUACAGCACACCCAGAACUCAGAUUCUGCUCGAACGACUGGAAAGCAAACGAACUGGCAAAGAACGUGUAUUCGGCUUGGCGAACGGCACGCAGGCGAGCAAAAGCGAGGGCUAAGGGCGUCAAACCUGAGGAACUCGAUCAAGAUGAUCUAGGCUCUUAUUCUGGCGAUGACGAAGAUGGAGACGAUCUUGAGAACCGGAAGCGGAGUGCCAUGCCAGAAGAUCUCACACAUACCACGAAGAGACGCAAGACAUACGAGUCUCCACUCUUGUCCAGUAGCGCUACUACCCCUUCGUCAGAACCUGAAGAACUUACCUCAACCGAUCUCACACCAUCAGCAGCGCAAUGCGAUAAACCCACUGCCAUCGAGACUUGGACAGUACCUCAAAUCAAACUGAAAAAUCCACUUGAUGGUCUUACUCUUCCCCAGAAGUCUCUGCUGGUGCUGCCAUCAUCAUCCGAGUCUACAACUCCAGUUCUCAAAUCUGCUGCUGCCAUCUCCCAACCCAAUGCCCUCGUCGAUGGAUUUGCUGGCGAGUCUCCUGAGGCUCUGGUCGAGACUGUCACGGUCACACCCCCCCUUGUUGAUACACCCAUACCAAACGGCCAGCCCACCACUUCGGUCUCCAGCGUUCCCAUUCACAGUGUCACCGAGCCCACCGAAGUGCCGAAGAAAGCCAGCAAGGCGCGUCCCAGCAGUAAGAAGAACGGGAGGCAACAAGUCAAGAAAGACGGGACUACAGCAGAGUUUCGUAUCUACUGGGACGCACUCGAUACCCAACAGCGCAAUUCUUAUGAGUCUGAAGCGGUUCAAUUGGUUUCCUCGAACGUCUGGGUCAAGAAUACAGUCGGCGCAGUCGUCGACGGUACUUUGCAUUGA